AUGUUUGCCAAGUUCUCUAAAAAGCCCAUGCGCAACUCAUGCCUUGAAUCUGUCGAUUUCAAAAAGCAGCAGUGUCCAAGCAGUAAGAAAUACUGUAGGUAUAAUGAAGGAAAUUCCAAGAGGCUUUACACGGAAGCCCUCGAAAUUGAUCAAUUUAACAAGAAAACGAAUGCCAAGUUGUAUUUUAACAGAGCAACCGCCUUGGCUCGUCUUAUUAAGGCCAAAGAAGCCAUAUCUGACUGCACAGCAGCCUUGAAAUUGGAUGAAGGGUAUUUGAAGGCUUUACUUAGGAGGGCCAAAUGCUAUAUGGAUAUUGGGGAAUAUGAAGAUGCAGUCAGGGACUAUGAGAAGGUAAAAAAAUGGCUCUGUACUUCCCAUGCAAUGCUAACCAAUGAUGCAGUGUUGCAGAAUUUGUGA